GCCCCGCCCCGCUCGGAAGCGCCGCCGUGACCCCGCUGACGCGGGCGGCGGGCCCGGAAGCGGCGGGCGCGGGGCCGGAGCGGGGGCAGCGGCGUUGGGCGGCCGAGCGGCCCCGGGAGCGCCCGGCGCCGCGCAGGUCUGGAGCAGAACCGAGUCUUCACGGGAACUCUUUGGUAAUCACCUAUGAAGCUCCUGAUCCUGAAGUUGCACUUUUGCAAUGAAGAAAAGGAGACGGCUCGCUGCAAGUCUAAAUGAAAAGGUUCAUCUUGGCCAUGACAAAGAUACUUCAGAAAAGAUUCUUGUAGUGGACUGUGCGCAAGAAAUUGUCUCCAAGUCUGCAGAAAUAGCUCCUGCAGAUCAGCUUGAAUCUUCCCAAGAACUUUCACCAUCACCAGAACAAAGAAAGCUCCUAAGCUCGUUGCAAUAUAACAAAAAUCUACUUAAAUACUUAAAUGAUGACAGACAGAAACAUCCAUCCUUUUGUGAUUUACUCAUAAUUGUAGAAGGAAAAGAAUUUAGUGCUCACAAAGUUGUUGUGGCUGUUGGGAGUAGUUAUUUUCAUGCCUGUUUGAGCAAAAAUCCGAGCACUGACGUUGUCACAUUAGAUCAUGUAACUCAUUCUGUCUUUCAACAUUUGCUUGAGUUUCUUUACACUUCUGAGUUUUUUGUUUAUAAAAAUGAAAUUCCAUUAGUGCUGGAAGCAGCAAAAUUUUUAGAUAUCAUAGAUGCAGUGAAGUUACUAAAUAACGAAAGUGUUUCCAGUGUACAGACUGAUGUGGUAACUGAUGCACCUACACCAGUAGAAACACUCAGUGAACUGACAGGUAAACUAUUAAAUAGUCAUCAGUGCACUUUUUGUGGUCGAAGUUUCUGUUACAAGAAGUCCUUAGAAAAUCAUUUGGCUAAAGCCCACCGCUCCCUUUCCCUGGAACAAAAGCAUGGGUUAAAAAUGGUUGAGAAGGCCAGCUUUUCCACUAGACGCUCCACGAGAAGCCGUAAAUGUCCAGCUAAGUUCGGUAUCAGUGACAAUGAGAGCGGGGAUGCCUCUGACAGCAACGUGGAGAAAGUCAGUUCUGAUAAGGAGACAUCAGAGAGAAGUGAAUUUGAAGACAGUGAAAGUGAGUGCAAUGUGGAUGAAGAUGGGCAGGAAGAGGAAAUGUCAGGUGAAGAUUCGGAAUCUGAAGAACAAAGUGAAAAGGAACAGAAUGAUGCUGAAGAGGGUUCUGAGGCAGUUGACUCAAUGGGGAAUAUUCCCGAAGGCUUAGCUCCAGUCAUCAUUCAAAGCAGUAGCAAAAAACUACUGCAGUGUCCCAAGUGUGACAAAAAGUUUGAUCGAAUAGGCAAAUACGAGAGCCACACCCGUGUCCACACGGGCGAAAAGCCUUUUGAAUGUGAUAUUUGUCAUCAGCGCUACUCUACCAAGUCCAACCUGACAGUGCACAGAAAGAAACACUCCAGUGACACUGACUUCCAUAGGAAGGAGCACAAAUGUCCCUACUGCAAUAAGCUCCAUGCAAGCAAGAAGACCUUGGCGAAGCAUGUGAAGAGGUUUCAUCCAGAGAAUGUACAAGAAUUUCUUUCUAUCAAGAAGACAAAGAGUGAAGGUUGGAAAUGUGAUAUUUGUAAGAAAUCUUUCACUCGAAGACCGCACUUGGAAGAGCAUAUGAUCCUUCACUCUCAGGAUAAACCCUUCAAAUGUACCUACUGUGAAGAGCAUUUCAAAUCCCGGUUUGCAAGACUGAAACAUCAAGAAAAAUUCCAUCUCGGGCCUUUUCCUUGUGAUAUUUGUGGCCGCCAGUUUAAUGACACAGGGAAUCUGAAACGCCACAUAGAAUGUACUCAUGGGGGAAAGAGGAAAUGGACGUGUUUCAUCUGUGGGAAAUCCGUCAGGGAACGAACAACUUUGAAAGAACAUCUGAGAAUUCACAGUGGAGAGAAGCCUCAUCUUUGCAGUAUUUGUGGGCAGAGUUUUCGUCAUGGAAGCUCUUACAGACUUCAUCUAAGAGUGCAUCACGAUGACAAGAGAUAUGAAUGUGAAGAAUGUGGGAAAACAUUUAUUCGGCAUGACCAUCUGACAAAACACAAAAAAAUACAUUCAGGUGAAAAAGCACAUCAGUGUGAGGAAUGUGGAAAAUGUUUUGGCCGUCGAGAUCACCUCACUGUUCAUUAUAAAAGCGUUCAUCUAGGAGAAAAAGUUUGGCAGAAAUAUAAAGCUACGUUUCACCAGUGUGAAGUCUGUAAGAAAGUUUUUAAAGGGAAAUCCAGUUUGGAAAUGCAUUUUAGGACACAUUCAGGUGAAAAGCCCUACAAAUGUCAGAUCUGUAACCAGUCUUUCAGAAUUAAGAAGACAUUAACGAAACACAUGGUUAUUCAUUCAGAUGCUCGACCCUUUAACUGCCAGCACUGCAAUGCAACAUUUAAGCGAAAAGACAAGCUGAAGUAUCACAUUGAUCACGUUCAUGGGUCUAAGGCUGCAGAAGAGGCAUUGGCAUCUUCCCCAGAGGAAAAGCUAGUCUCCUUACCAGUGCAGUACACCUCUGAUGACAAAGUUUACCAAACUGAGGCUAAACAGUAUGUGGAACAGUCCAAAGCAUAUCAAUCAGAAGCCAAAACUUUGCUGCAGAAUGUAUCCCCAGAAGUGUGCGUGCCUGUGACUCUGGUCCCCGUUCCCAUGGCAGACCCCCAAGCAGAGCUGGUGCAGCACAGUGCUCAGUCCCACGGCAUCCUUCCCCCGCAGCCCGAGCAGCCGGAUUACCAGCGAGCAACGGAGCUCUCCUUCCUCGAGAAAUACACCCUGACUCCACAGCCUGCAAACAUUGUUCAUCCUGUGAGGCCUGAGCAGAUGCUGGAUCCUAGAGACCAGUCAUAUCUUGGAACUUUACUGGGGCUAGAUACAACUCCCACUGUACAGAAUAUUUCAAACAACGAACAUUCAUGAUCAGACCGUAACAUUCCACCAAAUUUACUAAGCCGUCGGCCACCAAGAAGGCUGAUAUGGCAACUAAGAUUUAUAUUUUAUAUUUUAUUUGGACUCAUUAAGUCUCCUGCAUAGUUUUGGGAAAACGAUUUGUUUACAUAAUAUUUGAACGUUUAGGCACAAUUUGAUGCAUACGGAAGAGUGUUUCUUGUGAUUUUAAGAGUUUUUAAAAAUCUUAUAGAUGGUCUUUUAAAAAUAAUGCUCUGAAAUAUCUUCUAAGGAUAGUGGCUGAAAAUGUAAUUACAUAUCUGGCUAUUAAUUUAUAAAAAUUGUUUGCCUUUCUGCAUCUCACUUUGAGUUAAUGUUUUAAGUGGAAUAGAAAGCAUUCUAAAAGAAUAAGGAGUAUUUAAAAUUCAAAAAGUUUCUAAGGGCAGGCAGGGCUACGAAACACAAACUUUGAAUUAUGUUUCACACAGAAAUUAAUAUAUAAUCUUCUUGAACCUGAGGCAUUUUUUAGAGGGUUUUAAAGGUGGCUGGACUGUGGAGCCUAGCCAGUGAACACAGGCACUAGGUUCUUCUGAAGAGUGAUUUAUGAUACUUUAUGAAGACACUAAACAAAGUGUUCAGUGAUCCCCCUGAGUACAAUUAGGCUGCCUAAGUUUGGCCUCUUAUAGUUCUUCUUUGAUCUCUAAUACUGAAUAAUGUGGGAAGAGCUAGACAGUGGUGUUGUCAGUUUUCUACACUUAGUUCUGUAUAAUUUUAAGAAGCAUUUUUUUCUUGCUUUUUCAAUCUUCUUUGUCUUCUAAAGUGGACGCCACACUCUAACUUUGAAAGAAAUGGCAGUAUUUGCAAGGUCAUUUUAAAACAUGAACAGUCACAAAGGGUUGGCAUGGUUGACCCUUGCUAAAGCAUAAAUGAUAUCAGGGUCCCACAUUAAUGUGCCCAUUUUCAGGUUAUCUAUGAUAGAUGAGAAAUUUAAAGACUGUUCCAGAACAGUAUUUAAUUUCUAUUAAAAAAAAAUCAGUAAUGCUAAAUCUCUUGUGAGUUGCUAAUUAAAUUGUUUUGUUUCUCACUUUCUUGUACUGUGUUUAUAAACCAAAGUUAAACUCUUGAGAGUAUUUUAUGUCUAAUUAUUUUUAGCUCUUUCUUUACUAGACGUAAGGGGUUUUUUCAAAAAAACCUAUUUGGAACUACAAGUCUGGUGUCACCAUGAAAUCUAGUAUAGUUUAACCUCAUCGAGCUUUCUCUUUUAAGUGUACUUUAAAAUAAUUACUCUAUGUUUGUUUCAUGAAUAUGAUGCCAAAGAAAGUAUCUGAAGUAACUUUAUAAUCUUCAUAUUUCCUCACAAGAAUUGUAUAAUAAGAUUUCCAUCAUACUGAGAUGAGAAUUAAGAUUGAAAUUUUCCUCCAGUUUUCUCUAUUCUUAAAUUAUUAUCUCAAAGAAUCUUUAAAAUGGGAAACUGGAUUUAUGUGUAUUGUUGUAACUGUUAAAUUUAUUCAAUGAGCUGAGCACAAGGGAGUUGUGGUGAUAAGGUAGUUUCUUAUCACAGUUCUACAAACUCUCAAGUGGCACAGAUCACUUGUGAUUGUAUUCAGAUACUUUGGUGUUAGAUUCUAUUAAUUAUCUACUUCAACGUUGAGCAGUUUGCAGGAGAGGGGCCAGAACUGCCUGAAUGUUCAUAUUUUGAAGCUUGUACCCUAAUGGAUUCUUAACCUAAACACACCAAAGAUUUCUGUUAGCUGUUAAAUAGUGGCAGAGUUAUAGAAUUGUGUUACCAAUAUUUAAAUAGGACUUAGCCAAAGAAGCACAAUAGAAGUCCUAAACUUUAAAAGUUCAGUUUCUAAAACAGGACUACAUAUGUUUAACUGUUCUAUGUUUGUAUCUCUAAAGUAAAAUUUAGAGCUGUGCUCUGGGAAUGUUCAGACUGACAUGCUGUAAAUAGGUCUGGGAAGAAGCUGAAGACUAGCAAAUACACAGCAAUAACAAGGCCAUUGAAUGCCACCUUCUGAAAGGACACUAUCAAGUACUACCCUUUCUGCUUUCUAACUCCACCUUUCCUCUCCUUUCAAAAUAAAACUUUCUGUCACCUUCACACUCCAUGGCUUGGAAA